CAAUUGAUAAGAUAUAUUUUGCUCUUGUUAAUCGUUGUUUUUGAAAUUUUAAAUAAUUUUAAAUAAUUGUAUAUUAUUUUACUAUGCUUAAACCCAUAUCCGUACAGCCAUAUUAUUAUAUUAAUGAAUGAUAGUACUAAAUAUACGGUUAGGUGCCUUAGGUCUAUUAAAUAUUGUGACUAUUGUGAAUAUUGUCUAAUACUACCUAGUUACUAUACCAGUAUCGAACAAUACAGUUGCUGUAGACGCUAGUGUCAAACGUCGAAUCCACUGUUGGAGACUUCAAGUGCAGUGUUUAUAUUCGUUGAGCAAUUAUGGAUGUUUCUAGAGGAUGCAGUUGCAGUUGCUGUGACAAAUGUAUGCAACACCCGACAUUCCAUACAAUCCAGAAAUUAUGCAACAUCAAUGCAUGUUUAGAUUGUUUAACCACACUAGAUAUAAGUUCUAGUAAUAUCUGUGAAGCACCUGAAUUUAUCGGGUAUCUUGUAAAUUUAGUCAAACUAGAUUUAUCAUUAAAUGAGUUGGAAACGCUGCCAUUGUCAUUUAUCAAGUGUCAAAAUUUAACAGAUCUCAUCUUGUCGCAUAACAAAUUUUCACAAGUUCCCCAAUGUUUAAUUGAUGGAAUGCACUCCUUAAAAACACUUGAUUUAUCUCACAACCAGCUCUCAGAUAUCAGCAAAAAACCAUUUUGUAUUCAACAGUUACUAACUUUAAAUAUCAGUUAUAAUUUAAAACUAAAUAGCCUUCCACAAUGGUUAUGGUCAGUUGAAUGCAAUUCAUUAGAAACAUUGGAUUUAUCAUUUACAAAUUGUCUGGACAAUAUUGCAGUUGAUCCUUAUCUGAACAUGUAUGGUAUAAGUAAUCAUCUGAAGUAUUUGGAUUUAUCUAAUACAAAUUCUGAUGUUCGAAAAUUAGAUUUUAUCAAACAUUUAAAAAAUCUAAGAAAUUUGGUUUUGGAUAACAAAUUUACGAUACACAAAUGUCAAAAUUAUUACAGUGAUGUACCACUAGUGUUUAAUUAUCGAUUUAAAUGUAUUGAUUCUUUAAGUAUGAUUAAUGUUAAUCUCUCAAGCAUUGGAAAACUUGUUUAUUUCAGUUUACCUAGCAUACGUUUUUUGAAUUUGUCCAAUAAUUCUAUUGUGUUAUUGCCAGAUUCCUUAAGUGAAUUGACAAACUUAGAAGUCUGUGAUUUUUCAAACAAUAACAUUUUAACGAUUCCUGAAAGUUUUAAAAGCUUAAAGAAUUUGAAAAGUUUAAUAUUAAAUAAUAAUUGGUUAUCAACAUUUCCAAAAAUUAUUGAAGAUCUAAUAAACCUGGAGAUUUUGGAUUUAUAUGCUAAUAAAUUAAAUAUAUGUCCAUCAUGGAACAUAAAUUCCAAUAUAAAAUUACUUGAUCUAGAACAAAAUGUAUUUUCUACUGAAGAUAACAUUGAUAUAAACAUUAAAGCCAAUUAUUCAGAGUUUUUAAACAAUCUGCGUUCAUCAAUUACUGAAAGCCGUGUUAUAGGACCGUUAUGUGUUGAAGAACUCAAUGAUGUAGAAUCUGAAAUAGAUGGAUCAAGUAGUCAUUGGUCAUCAUUAUCAAAUAACUCUUCAGAACACUGUAUUCAUGGAGAAGAUCAAGAUGAUACCAGAAAUCUAGAUUUUACACCAGAAGAAUUUUGGGACUGUGGUUCCUAUGUAUUUACAACUGAUGUAUUCGAUCCUAAAAGUUUUGAAAUUAGUUUAAUGAAUGAAUUAAAAACAUUAGAAGAACCAUUAACUUUUGAUGGAAAAAAAAAUGUCCGAAGAGUGCGUUUAGCUAAUGAACAUUAUUUUUGUCCUGGUGAUGAACUUCCUAAGACAUUGUCAAUAACAAAAUAAUCGUUUAUUAAAAUUGAAAUUUGGUUAAAUCUAUCAAAAAUAUCAAAGACAUCAUUAUAAAAGUGUGUACCAAAAGUAAAUUUGAAAUUUGAAGACUUACGACUGCAAUAAUUCUUUUGUAAUAAAAUAUAUUUCAUAUUUUUUUUAGUCCUAAUCUAUUAGGUAUUAACAGAUACAAUUUAAUAUUUAACAAAAUAAUAAUUUAUAUAUUAUUUUAUUUAACAAUAAAUUAUUGACCAAGUUGAUUUUAA